AUGAACUCCUCAUCAACAGAGACGGAGCCUAAGCCCUCGGUGACGAUGAUCGAGUCAAAGUCCAAAAUGGGCGACGCAAGUGAGGUGACGAGUGGCGAGAUCAUCCACAAUCACGAAAACUUGCAACGCCAUCUCACGCCCCGUCAAGUACAAUUCGUCGCAAUCGGAGGCUCUAUAGGAACAGCUCUAUUCGUGAGCAUUGGUUACGGUCUUAUGCGCGGAGCAGCGAGUCUUUUGAUCGCGUUCGCCCUACACGCUUGUGUCAUAGCACAGGUAAACAACUCGCUUGCAGAAAUGACCGUUUUCAUGCCUAUCAGCGCUGCCUUCAUACACCACGCUGGUGCCUGGGUUGAUGAAGCCUGGGGUUUCAUGAUAGGCUGGAACUUCUUCCUUUUUGAAGCCCUGUUAAUCCCAUUCGAAAUCACGGCCCUGGAUAUGGUCUUGACUUUCUGGAGAGACGAUAUUCCUUCGGCUGCCGUCAUCACUGUGUGCAUUGUUCUCUACGCAGCAUGCAACGUUCUUGUCGUCAAGUACUUUGGAGAAACUGAAUUCUGGUUGGCGGGAGGCAAACUUCUGCUGAUUUGUAUUCUGUUUUUCUUCACUUUCAUCACGAUGGUGGGAGGAAAUCCUCAGCACGACGCCUACGGUUUCAGAAACUGGUCUAAGCCGGCCCCCUUUGUCGAAUAUAUCGAUAAGGGCGACUUGGGACGCUUCCAUGGUUUUCUUGCCGCGCUAUGGCAAGCCGCCUUCACGAUCGUUGGACCCGAAUAUCUAGCUACUGUCGCCGGAGAAGCUCAACAGCCGCGAAAGACCAUGAAAUCGGCGUUCAAGUCGGUGUACUGGCGCUUCGGUAUCUUUUUUAUCGGAGGCGCUUUGUGCGUUGGAAUUGUUCUUCCAGCCAACGACCCUACGUUGCUGAGUGUCUUGAGUAACGGAGAGACGGGCACUGGUGCUGCCUCGCCCUUUGUUAUCGCCAUGAAGAACAUGAACAUUGGAGUACUUCCUCAUAUCGUUAAUGCCUUACUUCUGACCAGUAUUUACUCUGCUGGUAACGCCUAUGUCUACUGCUCUUCCCGCAGCUUGUACGGACUUGCACUCAACGGACACGCCCCCAAGAUCUUCACCAAAUGCACCAAGCAGGGCGUUCCCGUUUAUUGCUUACUAGUUUCUGUCGCAUUUGCCUGCCUUUCUUAUUUGAAGUUGGGAAGUGGUUCGAUUACCGUUUUGACCUGGCUUACAAACCUGAUCACUGGCGGAACUCUGGUGACAUACAUCGUCAUCUGCGUCAACUACCUCUUCUUCUACCGAGCUCUCAGCGCACAAAACUUCAACAGAUCUGACCUUCCUUACUGUGGCUACCUGCAGCCCUACGGUACCUAUAUCGCAUUGGUGUGGCUCAUCGGAGUGGAGAUCUUCUACGGCUAUGCUAUUUUCCUCCCCGGCCGAUGGGACAUUGGUUCCUUCUUUAGCAACUACACAAUGGCGCUUCUCGCUGUCUGUCUUUUUUGCGGGUGGAAGCUAUUCAGGCGCACGAAAUUCGUCGAGCCUGAGCAUGCCGAUUUGGUUUGGAUUCGUCCGGCGGUCGAUGAGCAUGAGGCAUCGAUGGCUGAUCGAGAGGAAGUUGGAAUUCGCAGGAGAAUGGCACAAAUGCUGAAAGUUGACUUGAAAUUUGGUCGGUCGUCGAAUGGUUCGGCCUAA